AUGGAGAGGAAUACUACAUAUUUUAGGAGCUUCUUGGAGGGCUCUCUGCUGGAAAACAUCAAGCCACUGAGUCGGGACCUCAACCAGUCUAUCCUCCACACCCGAGAUGAAGACCUUGCUAAGGUUGAGAUUGGGAUUCUGGCUGCCAUCUUGAUGGUGACUGUGGUGGGAAACCUGGGUAUCCUUCUGGCCAUAUAUCGCCUUCGGAAGAAGAUGAGCCGGAUGCACCUUUUCAUUCUUCACCUGGGACUGACAGACCUUGGGGUGGCCCUCUUCCAGGUAUUUCCCCAGAUGAUUUGGGAAAUGACCUAUCGUUUCCAGGGUCCUGAUCUACUCUGCAAGGUUGUCAAGUACCUGCAGGUGCUAAGCAUGUUUGCCUCCACAUACAUGCUCAUUGCCAUGACGCUAGAUCGCUACAUGGCUGUGUGCUACCCACUGCGUACUCUACGGCAGCCAACUUGCCAGGCAUAUCUGAUGAUUGGAGUCACUUGGUUACUAAGUUGCUUGCUUAGCAUACCUCAGCUCUUCAUCUUCUCAGUAAAGGAGAUCCGCCAAGGUUCUGGUCUGCUGGAUUGCUGGGCAGAGUUCAAAUACCCUUGGGGCGCAAAGGUGUACAUUACAUGGAUGACUUUGUGUGUCUUUGUACUGCCGGUGGUCAUCCUCUCAGUUUGUUAUGGCCUGAUCUGUCAUAAGAUCUGCAAGAAUCUUAGAGGAAAGACCCAAAGAUCCACUGAUCAGAAUGGAGCAGAAGGGUACCAUUCUGGCUCCCGGGUUAGCAGUGUGCAUACCAUCUCCCGUGCCAAGAUCCGCACUGUAAAGAUGACUUUUGUCAUAGUGAUGGCCUAUAUUGCUUGUUGGGCACCUUUCUUCAGUGUACAGAUGUGGUCAGUGUGGGAUAACAAUGCACCCAAUGAUGAGUCAAGCGAUGUGACUUUUACCAUCACCAUGUUGCUGGCCAGCCUUAGCAGCUGCUGUAAUCCCUGGAUUUACAUGUUUUUCAGUGGGCAUUUCUUUUAUGGUGUCCCCCACUUUUUCUCCUGCUGCGGGAGUCUCCGGUCCAAUCUCAGAAGGCAGCUGUCCAAUGGCAGCCUCUGCAGCCAUAAAACUACCAUCUUGAGCCACAGUCCUCAAGGCACCCCAGAUCCAAAUGCUGCUGGGAUCCAGAUGCAAGUGGGAAAUAUGAAAGAAUUCUACCAGCCUUAUGAAGAUACAGUGAUUGAUUCAGGAAUACUUUAA